AUGCUGCGUCACUCGCUGCGUCUCCUGCCGCGCGCCGCACCGCGCUUCGCCAGCGCAGUGCGCGCAUCGCCGGCGCCGCGUGCGCUGCGUGCGCCGCAAUUGCCGGCCUUCGCACAGCAGCAGCAGCGGCGCGCGGCCAGCAGCACAACGCCCACCAGCUCGCUCGCCGACCCGGCAGAGCUCGAGAGCCAGAAGGCCCUCGAGCAGGGCACGGAGGCGCUGGAGCGCGGCGACAUGGACGAGGCAAAGGCAGCCUACGCGCGCUCCCUCGCCAUCCACCCUUCCUCCUCGGCGCACUUCAACCUCGGCGUCGUGCACUACCACGGCCGCGACCUGUCCGCAGCCAUUGGCGCAUGGGAGGCGGCGCUGGCGCUGGCGCCCGACUCGCCCGAUGCGCACACCAACAUUGCCAGUGCCUACGUGCUGAGCAAGCCGGCGCGACCGGAUCUGGCCGUUGAGCACCUCAAGAAGGCGCAGGCUCUCGCUCCGAAAGACCCGGAGAUCGCUUACAACCUGGCCGCCGUGCUGGAGGCUUGCGAGCAGCUCGAGGAGGCCAUGGUCGCCUACAAGCGUUCUCUCGCAGGAGGCAUCGGGCGCGCCGAGCAGAACAUCCGCAAUGUCGGCGCCAAGAUCCUCGCGGCGAAAGUGGCCAACGAGACGGCCGAGGCGGAAGACGGCGACGUGGCAAAGACGAUUGGCCAGGCGCUGGAGUCGGAGAUCAAGGCGCAGGAGCAGAAGGGCGACGGCGAGGCGAGGGAAAAGCAAUAG